AUGCCAUGGCCUGUGCAGCUGCCGACGGCCUUGCAUGGCUGGGAUCCAUGGCGGAUCCUGGCACAGAUAUGCGUGCUCCAGUGCGUCCACUAUAUCCUGCUUGCGACGUUUGUGCCGCCGCUCUUGUCCAUCUUUACGGAGCCGGCAGCCCUGCGGUUUGAGGGCGGCCCAGCCCAGGUCGGCAUGAUGCUCGACUGGCGCGAGGUCGCGAGCAAGCCGACGUGGGACUGGACGCAUCUCAUGGAUCUCGUUGGCUGGAAGCCGAGCGACGAGGCACCAGCCGUGCCAUGGACGCCGACCGAGCAGGCGGCGCUGUCCGACUGGACGGCCGGGUCAAUCUGGCUCCAGGGAUCGAACGCGUCAGGGCCCGUCGAGCCGACGGUGGUGGCCCCGUCCCGCUUCCGCUGGAACGACACGUCCCCGACGCUGACGAACGACGUACCACCCCCCCCGACCGACUCGGUCGAGCAGCAGCUCGAAGCGUGGGAGUAUCGACGGACGCACGACAAGCGCCGCGGCUGGGCGAUUAGUGCGGCGUGGAUGCUCACCGUCUUCUUCGAUGUACAGGUUCUCUAUUACCUCGUGCGGAAACCUACGCACGUCCUCGACUUUGUGAGCACGAUGCACUUCACGCACCUGCUCAUCACGACCUGGGUCGCUGGGGCCGUGCCCUAUGCGCUGUACUGGUGGGCCCUGAUGAUCGUGCAUGCGAGUCUGUGCAUCAUUCUCGCCGAGCGCUUCGCGAUCCAGCGCGAGAUGCGCAUGGGCUUUACGGACCAUGCCGUGCUGGACGACAUGGAGAUGCAUCGUCGCUAG